AUGAAGGCGGCAUUCUUUUCCGCUAUACUAGCCUUGGUGCUAGCAAUGGUUCUUGCCAACUCCGUUGGAAAACAUUCCUUGAAGAGAAGAGACCAUUGCGUGGGGGCAAACGAAGAGUACGCUGAUUUGAUGUGCAAAGAUGGAGAAGUACCUGAACUUGACAGCGUAGGCUGUGUAACAGGCGAGUGUAUCUGUGACCCGGAGUGCGAAUUCACUGAGGACGAUUUGGAAGAUUGCCCGGUGGGCUCACCAAGAAAGCACGUCGACAGCUGCCCUGUCAAUGUGUGUGUUGCUCCUGCCAUGUCGGAGGAGGAGAUGGAAAUGAUGGAAGGUGAUGAUCAUGAAGAUCACGAGGAUGAUGAUGAUGAUGAUGAUGAUGAUGAUGAUGAUGAUGAUGAUGAUUACAAGAAUGACGAUGAUGAUGAUGAUGAUGAUGAUGAUGAUGAUCACAAGGACUAG